AUGGAUUUCGGCCGCCGCAAUUUCCUGGCAAACCUCGGCCUCGCCGCGCUGACGUGCAGCUCCGCGCUCGCGCUCUACAGGUCGCGGGGCGACGACCCGCGCUCCGCCGCCUUCGUGGCCGCCGCCUACGGGGCCGUCGUGCUCCUAGUCUACUUCCUCCGGAGGCUCGAGCGCGGGGAGGAAGGGGACGACGACAGGCGCGGCGGGAGCACCACCACCAAGGCCGCGGUGUGGGCGCUGACGACGCUGCUCACGGCCAUGUUCGCGUCCAGGGUCGCGCCGCUCAUGCCACCGGCCGCCGGUUCCGUGGUGUACCUGCUGGCCGCCGCGACGGCCGCCGCGGGGUUCUGGGCGUUGUUACUCGCCAACCCCUGA